AAUCAUAGAAUUAUAAUUGUAAUGAAAUAGAAUUAUAGGUCAUAUAAAUUAAAUUAAAAAAAUAUGUUUCAGCAUGUUUUUAAUUAACUGAUACACAUGCAUUCAAAAAUAUUUGAUACUAUAUAUCAGUAUUAAAAAGAAGCUGAAGAAGAAGAAGAAGAAGAUGAAAAUAACAAGAAUUUGAAUUAAACUGGCAUGUUUACUCCAAAACAUCUGAUCUGUUUCCAAGAAGUUUGAGUAACCAAGUGAAAGAGAAACCGAAAGUAAAAACAUUACUGCUUUUCAUUGACCAGGAAGGAGUCGAAAACAGCAGGACUGACGAGCGGGAUACUUUGAUCACAAUGGAUGAUCUGAUCCAGGAUCAGUCCAGAUGUGGAGCUUGUGAGCAGGUUCUAAGAGAUCCGGUCUCUAUCACCUGUGGACACAGCUUCUGCAGACAAUGCAUUAGUUUUGACUGGGAUCAGUUGAGACUAGAAAACUUUGACUGUCCUCAGUGCCGACAAAGAUCCAGAACACAUUCUGAUCUUCAGAUGCACAGAGUCUGCUACACAAAAGCAGCCCUGCAGCAGGAGACUGGAGACCUGAAAAAAAGAGUCAAAGAAAUGCACAAAACUAGCAUGAGGAACAAGUAUGAAAGUUUAUUUGAGGGUAUUAAACUCCAAGAGAAUGAAACCCUCCUGAACAGGAUCUACACACAGCUCUACAUCUUAGAAGGAGAGAGUGAAGGGGUGAAUGAAGAACAUGAGGUUUUACAGAUAGAGAAGACAGCCAGAACACAACAUUCACAAGACACUGGAAUCCACUGCAAUGACAUCUUUAAAGCCUCACCUGAACCAGAAUGUGAGAAAGACAAAAUCAAGGUUGUUCUUACUAAAGGCAUCGCUGGAAUCGGAAAAACUGUCUCUGUGCAGAAGUUCAUUCUGGACUGGGCAGAGGGAAACUCCAAUCAGGAUGUAGAUUUCAUGUUUGUGCUUCCAUUUCGAGAGCUGAACUUGAUUCAAGAUCAUCAGUACAGUCUUCACAGACUUCUGCUGGACUUUCAUCCUGAACUUCAAGAUCUGGGCUCAAAGAUUUAUGAGGAAUGUAAAAUUGUAUUCAUCUUUGAUGGUCUGGAUGAAAGCAGAAUCACACUGAAGUUUUCAGAUGCUCAGAAAGUUUCUGAUGCUACUGAGAUUUCAUCAGUGGGUGUUUUGAUGUCAAACCUCAUGAAAGGAGAGCUGCUUCCCUCUGCAUGCAUCUGGAUCACAUCCAGACCAGCAGCAGCCAAUCAGAUCCCCCCCAAAUACAUCGACCGUCUGACAGAAAUUCAGGGAUUCAAUGAGCCUCAGAAGGAGGAAUAUUUCAGGAAGAGAACCAGUGACCAGCAUCAAGCCAACACAAUCAUCUCACACAUCAGAAGAUCAAGAAGCAUCCACAUCAUGUGCCAUAUACCCGUCUUCUGCUGGAUCUCAUCCACUGUGCUUCAGAAGCUCCUGAAAGAAGAUCUGAAUGCAGAAAUCCCUCAAACUCUGACUGAAAUGUACAUCCACUUCCUGCUGAUUCAGAUCAACAUGAAGAACCAGAAGUAUGAAGAGAGAGAUCCAGAGAAACUCCUGCAGUCCAACAGAGAAAUGAUUGAGAAACUUGCUGAAGUGGCUUUCAAACAGCUGAUGAAGGGCAAUGUGAUGUUCUAUGAGAAGGAUCUGAGAGAGAGCGGUAUAGACCUCACUGAUGCAUCAGUGUAUUCUGGGAUUUGCACUGAGAUCUUUAAGGAGGAAUCAGUGAUUCAUAAGAGGAAAGUCUACAGCUUCAUUCAUCUGAGCAUUCAGGAGUUUCUUGCUGCUUUUCAUGUGUUUUACUGCUAUUUAUGCAGUACAACAGAGACCCUUAAGGUUUUUGAUUCAAUGCAUAAUCUGCAUCAAGGAGCAAUAGAUAAAGCCAUUGAGAGUGAGAAUGGACACCUGGAUCUGUUCCUGCGGUUCCUGUUGGGCAUCUCACUGGAGUCCAAUCAGAUACUUUUACAGAAUCUACUGACACACACAGAGAACAGCUCAGAGAGCAUCAGGAGAACCUCACAAUACAUUAAAGAGAAGAUCAAAGAUGGACAUGGAUUCUCCACUGAAAGAUCCAUCAACCUGUUCCUCUGUCUGCUGGAAGUGAAAGAUCAGACUCUGUCCAGAGAGAUUCAGGCAUUUGUGAAGUCAGACAAACACUCAGAGAAGAAGCUCUCUCCUGCUCACUGCUCAACAAUCGCCUACAUGCUUCAGAUGUCAGAAGAGGUGCUAGAUGAGCUGGAUCUGAAGAGAUACAACACAUCAGAUGAGGGUAGAAGAAGACUCAUACCAGCUGUGAUCAACUGCAGAAAAGCUCUACUCGCUGGCUGUUAUCUUACUGAUCAGUGUUGUGAGAGUUUAUCAUCAACUCUACAAUCCUCAAAUUCUGUCCUGAAAGAGCUGGACCUGACUAAUAAUGACCUACAGGAUUCAGGAGUGAAGCUUCUCUCUGAUGGACUGAAGAAUCCAAACUGUCUGCUGGAAAUAUUGAGGUUGUCUGGAUGUAUGGUGACAGAGGAAGGCUGUGGUUAUUUAUCUUCAGCUCUGAAUUCAAACCCCUCACACCUGAGAGAGCUUGAUCUGAGCUACAAUCACCCAGGACAAUCAGGAGUCCAGCUGCUCAACCACAAACUGAAUGAUGCAAACUGCUCACUACAGAUACUCAAUGUGGGUCAUGGAGGACAUUUCAGGAUUACAGCAGGACCACAAAAAUAUGCCUGUAGUCUCACACUAGAUCCAAAUACUGCAAACUCUCACCUGAUCCUGUCUGAGAGGAACAAAAAGGUAACAUAUGUGGAAGAGCAGAAGUCGUAUCCUCAUCAUCCAGAGAGAUUUGAGCACCAUCCUCAGGUUCUGUGUGGAGAGAGUCUGACUGAACGCUGUUACUGGGAGGCUGAAUGGAGUGGGAGGGGGACAGAAAUAUCAAUGACGUACAAAGAUAUCAGCAGGAAAGGUGGAAGUGACUGCAGGUUUGGAUUCAAUCAAAAGUCCUGGAAUCUGAGCAGUUUUUAUAACAGACUCACUGUCUGUCACAAUAAUGACAGCACUGAGAUAUCAACCCCUUCAUCCUCUAAUCGUGUAGGUGUCUAUCUGGACUGGUCUGCUGGUAUUCUGUCCUUCUAUAGUGUCUCUGACACACACACACUCACACACAUACACACAUUCAACACCACGUUUACUGAACCCCUCUAUGCUGGGUUUGGGGUUUAUUAUGGUUCCCCAGUUUCUCUGUGCUAGACUGAACAACAGAGUUGGGGUACUUGGACUCAGGACUUGGACUCGGACUUGGACUGCAAUUAUGAAUGAACUUGGACUCGGACAGACUCGGGUUGACUUGGACUUGGACUCUGACAUUCUGUUUGUUUGUUUGUUUGUUUGAGUUUAUUGUUAUUUUGUACACAACAUAAAAUUAUGAUAAAAAGACAUUAAUAAAUGUCUCCCACUUAAACUCAGUUGUUUAAAGACUAGGUCUCGACUUGGACUUGGCAAAGUGGACUCUGACACAACACUACGUGAACAACCUUAUCCAAGGAGAAACAGAACAACAACAAUAAAACGUAAAAAGAUGUUGGACGAGAAUGCCUGGCUUGGAAUCUCCUUUCCAGCUCAUCCCAAAGGUGUUGGAUGAGGUUGAUGACAGGACUAUGUGCAGGCCAGUCAAGUUCCUCUACACUAAACUCAUCCAUGUCUUUAUGGACCUUGCUUUAUGCACUGGGGCACAGUAAUACUGGAAUAGAAAAGGGCCUUGCCAAAACUGUUCCCAACAAAUUAAAUGCAUAGCAUUGUCCAAAAUGUCUUAGUAUGCUGAAGCAUUAAGAUUUAUUGUCACUGGAAGUAAGGGUAUACUGAAAGUAUUUUUCAGGCUAGACCAGCCAAUGCACAUGCACAGUCCUGAGCACACGUCUCUGUUUCUAUAGCAACUGGGACUUCUAACGGCAGCUGCGGUGACAGGAUUACUUUACCGAUUAGUGAUUGGCUCUUUUACUCAGAAGGUGGGGCAUUCUUCGAUAGAGCAGCCAUAUUGAACAUUGCAUUUUUUUUCCCAUUCAAAACUAUACACAUCUUGGGUAUUCUGUAGUCUUUCGCCUAACCCAACCCCUGAAAAACAGCACUAUUCCAUUAUCUCUCCUCCACAAAACUUAACAGUCUUGACAAUGCAGUCAGGCAGGUGACAUUCUCCUAGCAUCUGCCAAACCCAGACUUGCCCAUCAGACUGCUAAACAGAGAAGCGAGAUUUGUCACUCCACAGAACAAGUUUCCACUGCUCCAGAGUCCAGUGGCAGAUUGCUUUACACCAGUGGUUCUCAACUAAGGUCCUGGGGACCCACACAUCUACACUCUACACAUUUUCUAUGUGUCUCUUAUCUGAGACACUAAGAGCUGAUGAUCUGAGUCAAGUGUGUUAAGUAUGGAAUACACACAAAAUGUGCAGAGUAGUGGGUCCAUAGGACUGGAGUU